GCCGGAUGCUCAAGCACACUGCCCAAUACCUUUCUUCACUCAGGAUAUGGCAGCAAGAAGCUCUGAUCCUGAAUGCCCCUCCGUGGAAUUGGAGAGCGGCAAAAGUAGUAGAUGGCAGAAUGUGCGAUGGUUGGCAUGUCUUCGCGUGGCCACAUACAUUUCCAUCCUGGCAGCCGUCGGGUUUGCCGGUGUGGAAGGGUUGGCCUACUUCAAUCCUCCAACGACAUCAGUCAGUUCUACUUCGAGGGUGUUGAAGUCCAAGGUCAACGCUGAAACAGAUCCAUUGUGGGGUUGUGGCCUCCUUGGUGCCUUGCCAGGAAUCUCUAAGGAUGGAGAAACGACGGCCGAGACCCAGCGCUUCAUUGAUGCCUUGAAGAAGAGCAGCUCCUUCGGAAAGGUGACCUUUUGGAAUUGGAACUUGGCGCCACAGGCAACAGACAAAGGUUUUGAGUACCUCAGUAAAGACUUCCUCUUCGUGCCUGAAAUCUGGGGCUCUAACGUGGUGGAGAAGAAGUGGGUGCGAGAAGCUGGAGAGACAAACUUCCUCGAUUCGCAAGGAAAUAGAUGCCCAGCUGAAAUGUCAAACCUUUUCCUCGGCAUGAACGAGCCAGAUAUCCAGGGGAGCUGCAUGGGGAAUAUGUUCCGUACCUGUGUCAGGCCUUGCACCGCGGAAGCUGUGCAACGUAACGAUUGUCCCGUGGCGGAUGGCCGCGUGGGCUUGGCGCCAGCAAAGCCCAACGACCAGGGCAUGUGCGAUUGUUGGUCGAGGUCUGUUGCCACCGGCGUGGGGUUUUGGCCUGUGCCCGGCUGCGAUGCCCAGCAGCCUUUGCCAGAGCUUUGGUCUCAAGAACGGAAGUGCGUUGACACUGUCAUGAAGAAUUGGAAGAAGACGGCACGUAUUGCCUACAAGAAAGGGUACAAGUACUUCUCGACACCACUGUUGGCAGUGCAUGUGAGCUACGCCGAGAAAUUUAUUCAGAUGGCGUGUGAUUGCACUGGUGAGUCCUGCGCCUGCACCGAUGCAUCAUGUGGCUGUCCAGUUUACGUGGGUUUGCACUUCUACGCUUUCGAUUGCCGCCCGCGGGAAACCAAAGCCUAUGAAGCCUUCGAGGCCAGGGUCAGAGACAUUGGAGCUUUGAUGGAGAAGUAUCCAUUUCUGAAAGGUGCUAUUAUCAACGAGGUCGGUAUGCUGAACUGCCCACCUACCGAAGAAGAUCCCAUUUGCAUCCCCGACUCGGGCAAGUUCCCAGCCAAAGAUGCACCAGACCAUGGUUGCCCAUCCAAUGAUGAAUUGCCAGAUGGCUUGGCCACUUUCAUCACGAACAUGGUGGAGUUGUCAGCAAGUGUCACCACUGCUGAUGGGCGACACGUAGUGAAGGGCUUCUCAUGGUUCAAUAUCGAUCGAGAUGGAGGCACCUACAAUCUGCGGCUGUUCAACGAUGAUGGAUCUAUCAACAAAGUGGGUGAAGCGUACAUGCGCACAUGCGAAAAAUGGGGUGAAAUGCUGCUGUGAUGAUCUACGGCACAUGCGUACCCGUUGACAAGCAAACAUUCCACUUGAAUUCAAUCAACUCUUCCCUAGGAUGCUCCGGAUUUUGCAAGGGUGGUCGAACCUGGCCAGCUAUGCGAAAGGAGCUGCAACCGAGGCAUCUGGAAACCCAGAUGGCACUCAAAAUCAAUAAGAAUACUAAUGAUCGUCAGGCCAACCUUGAGCCAGGUCCAAGCCUAUUUCCAGGCA